AUGAAAGAAAUGAACCCCGGUGAACAGAAGAGCGGAUUAGCUGAAUCUGAGGCUGAUACUGAAAUGGACACAUCACCUGAUACAAACCCAACAGAGGCGACGGCAUCUCCUACAAGAAAUAGCUCUACUUUGGACCCUAGUGACAAACAUCAAUGUACUUCCCAUCAAUCUAAUAAUACCAUGCAAACAGAGAUUUCAUUUAUUCCCACUCUAGGAGAUUUCGAAGUCAUACCGUCAGAAAUAUUUGAAAUCAUUUUAGGGUUUGUUUCAGUGAAAGAUAUCAGUAUGAUGAGCAUGACAUCGAAGAUUAUCAACAGCUGUGUUAUUAAUUACAUCUCAUCUCCUCCUGGAAAUAAGAGACUUUUUCCACGGGAUUUCCAUAACCAUGAACUAUCUGACUGUACAAGAUCCUCCAUUCUGGAACACUAUGGAUCAUUAGGCUUAUUGUUUAAAAGGUGUACUUUACUGCGCCCUACAAAAGAGAGACUGAAGUACAUACACAAAAUUCUAUCAGAAAUUUCCUGUUUCAAAUUCAAUGGCUGCUCAGAUCCUUUGCAUUGUUUCGGAUUACAAUGUUAUGGAGUAUUUUUACAGACCUUAACAGCUGGUUGGGAUGAAUGUGAAUGUCAUCGAGUUUACAGUUUUCUCUGUGAAGUCACCAAUUUACCUCAGAAAAUGGAGAAAGUUUUCAACAGCAAGCCUGGACGCUUCCGUAAAUUGGAACUGAGGAUAAGGACAUUUUGCCGUGGUGUAUUUCUAAACCAUUGGAUUGAUCGGAAUGAUUCAGCAUUUUGGCUCAGGUGUAUUUUGAAUCCAUGGCCAAUGGUAAAUCAAGCUCGGCUGCUGUAUCUAAUAUUUGGGCCUGUAUCUACACUGGAUGGAUAUGUUGCUUGGCAGAAUAUGAUUCAACACGAAGCAGAUGAAAACAGUUUGAAAGAGCUUGCAGAGGCUGUUAAACUAUUACAUUACACUCUUGCAAAUGAGUCGCUGGAGAAUGAUGUUGUCAUGCUGCUAGAGCAGCUUACAGUAAUCCCUCAGGAAUGGCAUCUUGAAAACAUUGCUCGGUUCCUUAUUUUGUGUGAAAGCAACAUCUGCGUCUCUUUUAUGGUGAAUAAAGCUGUGAAUGGCCAAGCUAUGGAAUUGGCAAGGCUGGUGGUAUUCCUGGCAUUGGUAUGCGAGAAGGACAUCUAUUGCAUGGACUGGGCUGUACAGACAAUGCAAAAAGUCUGCAAUAUCAUCAAUAGUGCACAUGAAAAGAAUGUUUUUUUGCAGAAUAUAGAGAAUACUUUUGCACAAAUGAUCAUGGAUGCUCUACAGUUUGUGAUAUCUGGAGAGCAUGAUGAUGAAGAGACUGUUUUUUUAUAUCUUUUUCAUCUGGUCAACGCACAAGCAAAUUUUCAUAAAGAAAUCCUUUAUUUAACCAUGAAUUACGAAAUGUAA